GGAGCAUUUAACAGGCUUCUCGUCGUCGCGGUCAUCACCAUCAAUCCCCAAACACGCUCCCAUCCGAAUCCUUCAGAACCUGUCCUCGUUACUGCCGCGAAAAUGUCUGAGAAGGAGGUCAUCCCGGUUGCUGAGAGCACGGCCGACACCGAGCGCGGGGUCGGAGCCGUGUUGACGGAGGAGAAGGGCCUGUUCCGGCGUAUGAUUAGCCGGCGGAACGACCUCAACGAGCUCGGAAAGGACAUGUUGCAGCAAUCGCAGCAGUAUGAUAAAGCUCAACUCGAAGCGGACGCCAUCAAAGUCCGGAGAAAGCUCGAUUCCAUCGUGCUUCCAAUGAUGAUGAUCACUUAUAUGUUGUCGUUUCUCGACAAGCAGACCCUCAACUACUCAAACGCGUACGGCUUGCAACCGGACACGAACAUGAAAGGCGACAACUACUCUUGGGUCGCCUCGGCCUUGUAUUUCGGCUGGCUCUGCGGUGCGUGGCCGUGGAACCUGCUGCUGCAACGCGUCGCGAUCGGGAAGCUUGUCGGCGGCAUGCUGUUCGUGUGGGGGGUCGUCUGCAUGCUGCAAGCCGCCGUGUUCAACUUCAGCGGCUUCUUCGCCAUCCGAUUCUUCCUCGGCAUGCUCGAAGGCUGCAUCUCGCCCGCGUGGGUGCUCCUAACUUCGAUGCUGUGGACCCGUAAGGAGCAGACCCUGCGAAGCUCCAUCUGGUUGUGCACCAACGGCGUCUCGAACAUCCUGGGUGCCCUUCUAGCUUACGCCGCGGGUGUGGCGCAAGGACUGGCCGUAGCUCAGUGGAAGUUGAUCUUCCUCAUUGUCGGGGCCCUCACUUUCGUGUGGGGGUUUCUCAUCGUAUGGUAUCUCCCCGACGGGCCGCACAACGCGAAGAUGCUAUCGGAGUACGAGCGCGUGGUUGCCGUCUGGCGCGUUUCGGACAACAAAAUGGGCCUCAAGGAUGCGACAUUCAGGUCUUACCAGAUCAAGGAGGCCGCGUUGGACGGGAGGUGCUGGCUCCUCUGGAUGACGGGAAUCGCUUUUGGGAUCCUCAACGGCGCAGUGACCAAUUUCAUGUCUGCCAUCAUCAAGGGAUUCAACUUCGACGCGCUUAGGACCACGCUUCUGCAAGCGCCAGGCGGUGCCUUCGCAGUCGUUGCCUGCCUGUCGAUGGGCUUUCUCUCGCAGCUGCCGAACAUGGUCGGCGGGUCCAUCAUGAUCGGGUGCUUGCCUGGCAUGGCAGGGCUCAUCGGCAUUCUUACCAUCAACAUCGAGCAUCGCUACGCUCUUGUCGGCAUGUGCUGGAUGCUCGCCACGAUAGGUUCGCCCAUCGUGCUGAACUGGACGGUACCCGGCAUCAACAUCGCCGGACACACUAAGAGAAGCACAGUGCUCGGUGUGUAUUUCGUGUGCUUCGUUGUGGGAAACAUCGUCGGCCCGCAACUUUUCCUGGCCUCGGAGGUGCCGAGAUAUCCCACCGCGAUCAAGGGCCUGCUAGGUACUUAUUGCUCGGCCAUCUUCCUCCAGGGACUGUACACACUGUGGUGUUGGUGGGAGAACAAGCAGCGCGAUAAGAUGGCUCAGAGUACCGGCGCGGUAGAGGAAGAGGGGGCGCUAGGCGGCUUCGAAGAUUUGACGGACAAGGAGAACAAGUAUUUCCGAUACAAGCUCUGAGUGCAGCGAGGGGGGGUGUCUCCCCCGUAGGCAACUUUCAGGUUCUGAGCGGGCGAGCUGUUUACGUGUAACUGGGGUUGCGGGCUUGAAAGGCGAAUAAUGGUA